GAGAAACGGCAGAAAAUAGAGAAAGGAGACCUGAAGACAAACAAGACACAGAAAGCGAAGUUCUCUAGAAGAAAGUAGCUACAAAAGACAAAAAGAUGAAGACUUUCACCCUACUCAUCCUCUUUACUGUGUUGUCUGCCUGCUUGUCUACAGGAGUACUUGAUAUCGCUGCUGAACCUGACCCUGCAGCUGACCCUGCAGCUGACCCUGCAGCUGAUGCCACCGUAGCAGCAGACUCUUCCUCUUCCUCUUCCUCUUCCUCUGAAUCAGACUCCGCAUCAGACUCUGCAUCAGACUCUGCCUCCGACUCUGCCUCCGACUCUGCUUCAGACUCUGAUUCCGCGUCUGAUUCUGCCUCUGAUUCAUCCUCAUCUGAGUCCAACUCUAACAGUGUUGAAGUAGCCACAGGUGCACCUGACCAUGUGAUGGUGAAGAGAUCUCUCGCCACAGCUCUGCUAAGGAGACACAGAAGGGCAGGAACACCAGCAGCAGACCUCACCCAAGUUCAGCUGGAGAGUCUGAGAGAGGUGUGCGAGCCCAACUUGGCCUGUGAACACAUGUCCGACACCGAUGGGAUCGUGGCGGCUUACACCGCAUACUACGGCCCUAUUCCUUUCUAAAGAGAGAAUCUGUUUCUACAAGGAUUCAAAGCUAAUCCAGAUUUAGAUGGAACAGAAAUGAGCUUAUUUGAACGGGUCUCACAACCUCACCUGCUUUGCACAGAGGUGAGGGGAGAAAAAUAAACAGCUGUUUUGGCUUUUACCCUUGACAGCUCCAGAUUUUGCUUUUGCUGUAUGUUUUCACUAAAACCACUAGAGAGUUUCUGGUUUUGUAACAGAGGUGACCGCAACCACAGUGACAACUCUUUUAUGUAGUAGUCUAAGAAUAGCAUGAGUAUCUCACUAUGUACAAGAUCUCUGUGGUGUGAUCAAUACUGUAUACUGACAAAUGUAUACUGUCACAGGGACUGUAAAAUGCCACUUCUGCUAAUGUAGUCUUUCAUUGUAGAGCAAUUUCGCUUUAUCUGCAUAGAUUAAGGAAUGGCACAUUAGUAGGCAACACAAACAUAUCGUUCAUUAGUUUUAAAUUAUUAUUGUUUUGUGGAGAUUAUGUUCUCUUGAAGGCUCAGUGCCAUCUUUCAUCACAAAGGUGCUAAAUCCUCCCUGUUUAACACAAAGCUAAGGGAGAUAAAAUCAUAAACUGUAUUUUACACAUUUAUAUUUGCUAGUUGAUCUAGGACUUGUCUCUUUGUGGAUAGUCUGUUUUUUUUACAUAUAUACAUAGCAUUUUUAGUGACACAAUGAUAUGGAAAAUGCUUGUACGUUGUUUUAAUAAAAAUGUUUUAACAUGUA